CUUAAACAGAUAUAACAAGAUCAACAAGAUGAAAAACAGCAAUUUAACCUGCCAUUAAAGCUUAAAAACCAAAGUGUAAAAUGUGCCAGACAAAGUGCAGCGGUCACUGAGAUUCAUGCCCGAAGUCAACAGAGUAGUGGGACAGACGAUGGGAUGAAGGAGAACUUAGGGCGGAUGGUUUUACACUGAAAGGCUCUGUAACGUCUGCCUGAUGGUAACCGGUCAAAUUCGGAAAAUACAGAAAAUAUUAUGCCAUAAUGAUUUGCAGUGGAUGAACCCUGUAAUGACCAAGCAACAAGAGAAAUUGCUGAAGUAUGAGGACACGUCACACGUGAUGGCAGAAAAACGCGAAUAAAAUGUGUAAAGCGUGUAAAAUCCACCGUGUCCAACAGCCGCCGGGCGGUGGGCGGUGAUAGUGAAGUUCUCCUCCCGAUAAAUGGUUCCAGUCGCAGACCCUGAUCUCACAGCUUGUGUGUGUUCACCUGAGCGAGAGAUGGAGAAGAGCCUGGAGAAAAUGCAGAGGAAGCCGGUGCGCCUCAUCGCGGCUGUUUGCAAUGACAUGGGGAUGGGGAAAGACGGACACAUGCCCUGGAAUUUACCGUCUGAAUUCCAGUACUUCCUCAACACUGUCACCAGGGUGUCGAGACCAGGAAAGAUGAACAUGAUGGUCUGGGGUAAACUUUGCUGGUUCUCCCACCCAGAAACAACAUUCCCAUUGGCCAAUAUUCUACACGUGGUGUUGAACACCAAACUGAAUGAAGUUCCAGAUCACGCCCACUUCCUGUCCGAUGACUUUGAGAGCGCUGUCCGCUUGUCUGCAGAGCCCCCCCUCGCUGACCUGAUAGAGACCAUCUGGGUUGUUGGUGGUGUGGAGGUCUACAAGGAUGCGCUGAGCCACCCGUGGUGUGAUCUGGUUUAUCUGACCGAUGUCAUGGCUGACUUUGAGUGUGAUGUUUUCUUCCCCGAGUUUGACAGAGGAGUGUUCAAACUACAAGAAAGAUUCCCUCAGGUACCGAGUGGCAUUCAGGAGGAGGACGGCGUUAAGUACCAAUUCCAAGUAUUCAAGAAAUCGAUCUGUGAUGCCAUUUAGAUCAGAGACUGCAGAAAUUGAGAUAAUCAAAAAACGAAAUCACUGGAUUGUUCUGUUCUUCCUUAAAACCACUGUGCACAGCUCCUGGAGAAAACGCAGAGGCGUUGCUAAAACCCAAAGUGUGUCGCACUUGCGCAAAUUCAAGGAAAAAUGUGUUGUAUAUAACUUCUGUUUUUUGUCAAUGAGCAGUACAGCUGGGAAAAAUUGGACCAAACAGUAUUUUUAAUCCAUGAAGAACACUGAGAGUAGAUAGUGUGGCCGCAGAGCAAUUUGUCCAUCCAAGUAUUUGUGUUUCGGCUUAAUUUUAGUUUUGCCUGAUGCUGGGAAAAUAAUCUUCUCCUCCUUGGUGAUAUUGAAGGUCAAUAUCCAACUGGUUUGCUUUGAUGCUAUGAUGAUAUAUCUUUCCAUAUAUAUGAUGUAGAGAUAUCAAUAGAUUGUGUUAUUUGUUGUGGUUCGAAAAGCAGCGAUAUAGUUAUUGCCAAUUGUUUUCACUGUAUAGAUUCGCUAGGGUUUUGGAAUGAAGUGAGCCAAUUAAUAGACCAAAUAAGUG